AUGUCCGAACCCAUCAGGAAUAAGAAGCUCGACACCCUCGCUGGUGCUCCCACCCCCCAAAACACCCCUUCUGUCAAUGCCCCAAUCAACUCUCAUGCUGUUGAGCCAAAGGUUUCCACCAUCAAGGAAGAACAGUUUGACCGCGCCACCGCUGCUUCAAUCUUUGCUUCCGACCCCCGGUUGGUCUCGAUGAUUCAAGGAAAGCUUGGCUCGCUUGUCGGACGUUCUUCCGGCUAUAUUGAGUCUCUUCCGCCGGCUGUCCGCCGUCGUAUCGCUGGCUUGAAGGGUGUCCAAAAGGAGCACUCGAAAAUCGAGGCCGAUUUCCAGGAGGAGGUUUUGCAGCUCGAAAAGAAAUACUUUGCUAAAUUCACCCCUCUGUAUCAAAAGCGUGCUAAGAUCGUCAAUGGUACCCUUGAGCCUUCAGAAGACGAGGUCAAGGCCGGAAAAGCAGAUGAUGAGGAGGAGGAUGAUGAAGAGAAGGAGGAGGAUGUUAAAACCGAAGACAAGAAGGAUGCAGAGGACCUUAAGGGUGUUCCAGAGUUCUGGCUGUCUGCCAUGAAGAACCACCUCUCGCUCGCCGAGACCAUCACCGAUAGGGACGAGGCUGCCCUUAAGCAUCUCACCGAUAUCCGCAUGACCUACCUUGACCGUCCCGGCUUCAAGCUUAUCUUCGAAUUUGCCGAAAACGACUUUUUCACCAACAAGGAGAUCACAAAGACCUAUUAUUACCAGGAGGAGAGUGGUUACGGUGGUGACUUCAUCUACGACCACGCAGAAGGUGAUAAAAUCAACUGGAAAGAAGGCAAAGAUCUUACUGUCAGAGUUGAGAGCAAAAAGCAGCGCAAUAAGAACACCAAGCAGACCCGUGUUGUAAAGAGGACUGUUCCCACUGAAAGUUUCUUCAACUUCUUCUCUCCUCCAGAGGCCACCGGUGGCGACGAAGAGGACGAUGAAGCUUCCACUGAACUUGAAGAGAGGCUCGAGCUCGACUACCACCUCGGUGAGGACAUCAAAGAGAAGCUUAUCCCCCGUGCCGUUGACUGGUACACUGGUGAAGCUCUUCAGUUCGAGGAACUGGAGGAUGACAUGGACAACGAAGAGUUCGAUGAUGAUGAGGAUGAUGACGAUGAGCUCAGCGAGGACAAGGAUGACGAUGAUGAAGAGUCCGAAGAUGACGAUGAUGGUACAAAGCCUAAGCAGGAGGCUGCCGACUGCAAGCAAAGCUAA